CUCUCACAGCUCGCUCCACCAGAUAAAAUCGAGUCUCCUGGCCGUGUGAUUCACACGAACCCUAGUGCUCAUUUCAUUCCUGACUGAGAAAUUCUCAGUAUUCAACAAAUCCCACCCAGCAAUGGCGUCUCGGAGGCUUCUAGCCUCACUUCUCCGAUCAUCCACCGCAAGCCGCGGUAGCUCAGUUUCCAGAUCCGUCUUCGGAAACUCUGUACCCAGGCCUAGACAUACAUCGCGUGCAUCCCCAGCGGGCUAUCUCCUAAAUCGAGCCGUUCGUUACGCUACCUCCGCUGCGGCCCCAGCUGAGAAGCCCGCAACGAAGCCCCCUUCCGGAAAUGAGCCGACAGGGAAGAUCACGGACGAGUUCACGGGUGCCGGAUCAAUCGGCAAAGUCUGCCAGGUGAUUGGAGCCGUCGUGGAUGUCAGAUUCGACGAGGGUUUGCCUCCGAUCCUAACUGCUCUCGAGGUUCUGGACAACCAAAUCCGACUCGUGCUGGAGGUGGCGCAGCACUUGGGUGAGAACAUGGUUAGGACAAUUGCUAUGGAUGGUACUGAAGGGCUUGUCCGUGGCCAACGCGUUCAUAACACCGGCUCUCCUAUCACUGUUCCUGUUGGUAGGGCCACCCUUGGUCGUAUCAUCAAUGUCAUUGGAGAGCCCAUAGAUGAGAGAGGCGAAAUCAAAACCGAUCACUAUUUGCCAAUUCAUCGAGAGGCCCCUGCUUUUGUUGAGCAAGCUACCGAGCAAGAAAUUCUUGUAACUGGAAUCAAGGUUGUAGAUCUUCUUGCACCAUAUCAAAGGGGAGGGAAAAUUGGGCUUUUUGGUGGUGCUGGAGUCGGAAAGACAGUGCUUAUUAUGGAGCUGAUUAACAAUGUUGCAAAAGCUCAUGGUGGUUUCUCUGUCUUUGCUGGUGUCGGUGAGCGUACCAGGGAGGGUAAUGACUUGUACAGAGAAAUGGUUGAGAGUGGUGUCAUUAAGCUCGGAGACAAGCAAAGUGAGAGCAAAUGUGCUCUUGUGUAUGGUCAAAUGAAUGAGCCCCCUGGUGCUCGUGCCCGCGUUGGACUCACUGGACUAACUGUUGCCGAGCACUUUAGAGAUGCAGAGGGACAAGAUGUGCUUCUUUUUAUUGACAACAUUUUUAGGUUUACUCAGGCCAAUUCAGAAGUCUCUGCAUUGCUUGGGCGUAUCCCAUCUGCUGUUGGUUACCAACCUACCUUGGCAACUGAUCUUGGAGGCUUGCAGGAACGUAUCACAACAACUAAGAAAGGUUCCAUUACAUCAGUGCAAGCUAUUUACGUGCCUGCUGAUGACUUGACCGAUCCUGCUCCUGCAACAACAUUUGCUCACUUGGAUGCCACAACUGUCUUGUCUCGUCAGAUCUCCGAGCUUGGCAUUUAUCCAGCUGUCGACCCCCUUGAUUCUACAUCCAGAAUGCUUUCUCCACACAUUCUUGGAGAGGAGCACUACAACACUGCGCGUGGGGUACAGAAAGUCUUACAGAACUACAAGAAUCUUCAAGAUAUUAUUGCUAUUUUGGGUAUGGACGAGUUGAGUGAAGAUGACAAGUUGACUGUAGCGCGUGCCCGAAAGAUUCAAAGGUUCCUUAGCCAGCCGUUCCAUGUGGCUGAGGUUUUCACGGGUGCCCCUGGAAAGUAUGUUGAGCUUAAGGAGAGCAUCACCAGUUUCCAGGGCGUACUGGACGGGAAGUACGAUGACCUUUCUGAACAGUCAUUUUACAUGGUUGGUGGAAUUGAUGAGGUCAUUGCAAAGGCAGAGAAGAUUGCCAAGGAAUCUGCUGCCUAGAUAGUAAUGACUAAAUCCUCCCUGGACAUUCUGCUGUUUUUUGGGUGUUUUGGUUGAUAGUCGCGAAAUAAUUCUGUGAUGACAAUGCCAAUCUGAAAGAUUUUUUAAUCAUUAAUGAGACCGGGUGGUCGAAAGUUAUUCACCCUUUUUUCUUAUGUAUUUCAUGUGGAACCUAGAGAUAAAGGUGUUUUUUGUUAUUGCUUUUCACAUAAUAAGUGCGGUGAAUUUGGCUGUUUUGUAUAUUAUCCAUAUUGAGUGGUGGAUUAUGCCCUCAUGAUCUCAUUAUGUAACGUUUCACAUUAUUUUGAUGUUAUUUUCGUUUUAGACCAUGUUCUGUAAACCAGAAUCACUUAAAUAAGAGAUGCCAAAAAAAGUUCCCCAGAUCCUUAAUUCCCCAUCCUCUUGUGAUAAAUUAAAAAUAAUAAUGUUGUGGUUUGUCU